AUGGGCGACGCUAACCCCGCCGACCCGACCGUCCUUCCGGACUUCGGCCAGGACCAGCCCGACCCUGUCCGAUUUCCAAACACCAGACUGCGAAACUCGCGAUCAGCCUCCAUCUCGACAUGGACAACCACUUCUGGUGGCCACUCCCAUACUCACUCGCAGCCCAACAACAACCUACGCGAACCCGAGCAAUGUCGUAUUUGCAGAGGCGAGGCCACUCCCGACGACCCCUUGUACCACCCGUGCAAGUGUAGCGGAAGCAUCAAAUGGGUCCACCAGGAAUGUCUGAUGCAAUGGCUGGCCCAGACCCAGAGGAAACAUUGCGAGCUGUGCAAGACGCCCUUUCGCUUCACAAAACUCUACGAUCCCGACAUGCCCAGGACCGUCCCCGCUCACAUCUUUGUCGGCCACAUGUUCAAAUACUCGGUCCGUAAGCUCCUCGUCUGGGCAAGGGCCGCCCUCGUCGUUAGUGUCUGGCUUGGGUGGCUCCCGUACUUCAUGCGCUCGGUAUGGGCCAUGCUGUUCUGGCUCUGCGAGGAAGGCUGGGGUGGUCCGGCUUUGUUUCAGAGAGCUCACAACACAUCAUCGUCAACCGGAUUUUCGGUAACGGCUUACAGCACCACCGUGUGUCCAUCUAGUCCGCUCUUUGUUGCCAACACGUCACCAGCCAGUGUGGGGGAUGUACUAGGACGUCUGCCCCUGAACUCGACACAGUUCGUGAAUAGUCUUGCGGGUGCCAAUCCUGGCGGAGGCUAUUCGUUCCUUUCCGUCCUGCUACGAAUAAUAUUUGGCUCAGGCGGUGUUCACCAGCCCGUACCGCCCCUCAAAGAGAUUCCCAGUCACCUCACCAACAACGUCACUGCGACACUCUUCAUCAAUCAAGCGGCUUCGUCUUACAGCAAUGUAUCCUAUCCACCUUCGCUUCUCAGCGAGGUCGACUUUUUGAAGAACUUGACCCGGAACCCCACAGUCAACAACAAUAUCAUUGCCGUUCUCGAGGGCCAGAUCAUUACCGUUCUCGUCGUGGUCUGUUUCAUCUUGAUCAUUCUCGUCAGAGAUUACGUUGUCCAACAGCAGCCGGAAAUCAACGAGCGUGCUGCUUUUGCCAAUCUCCAAAAUGUACAGCCCCAGGUUGCCCAGGUCAAUGUUCCCGAUCCUGCCUUGAAUGACGGCCUUCACGGUGCCGUCUUGGAAGACGAGGAUGCAGGCACUGACGAUGAAGAUGCCUGGCUUGCUCAACCUCCCCAGCCCAGGCGCCGACCUGACAGAAAUCAGGUUCAUAAUCCCCAUGCAGCUGAUUUGGAGAGAGAACUCGGAGAAACGGAUACAUCAACCAUAGAUGAGUACCUCGGCAUCUACCGGGAGGCCGGCGGAAACCCUGAUAGAAUCGUCGAGCUGGCCCAGGAACGCGGUCUGGAGGAAAGAUUGGCGUACUGGAUAGCUCUUACCAAGACUAUGAAGGAGCGCGCUGCUCAAGCUCAGGCAAGCUACAAUGACGGCUCUAACCCUCCCGCAGCUGAAUCCAGUACUACCGCAGCAAGGAGACUGUCAGGCCACAAUUUGGAAAUGGACAGCACUCCUGCCGGCCCACGACCCGAUCCGUUUGAUGACUGGCGCUAUCCUUUGGAGGAAGAUGAUCCUCCGGCCGAGGAACCCGGAGAAAGUUCUAGGGACAAGGGCAAGGGGGUUGCGACUGAUGAUAUUGACACCAAGUCGGACCCCGAGAUGAUCGCUUCUUCGUCGAGGCCUCGCGCCAAUACAGAUGGACCUGAGAUCAGAAUGCACACCAAUCCUUUGGGUAGCAACAGCUGGUCUUUCAAUGACUUGCCGCAAGACGACCCAAACGGUUCAUCAACGGAAGAAAAGCGCACUCAUGCUGUUACAACCCCCCCGGAUAUCAAUAAUGACAAUUAUUCCUCCAAUACCGAGGUUGAACCUCUGCUCGCUUCCAUGGCCAGCCAAGGGGAAUCAGAGUCGUUCCAGGAGAAUCACAGCCAAGAUGGCGAUAGAGAUGCAGAUGACCUCGGGCAGCGUCCAACAGCGGAGCCUUGGGCGGCCAUACCCAUCCCAGAGCGUCAGCCGGAGUCACAAGAACUGGCAGCUAUACCCUGGCCCACCCUCGACGAGACUACGACUGACAGCCCCGCACAACCUGCUCAACCUCGUGGACUCGUCCCGAUAAUGACCGACUUCAUGUGGCAAGGCGUUGAGGUGGAUCAGGCGCAACAGGAUGCGAUCGAUAUCAUUGCUGAUGUUUUGAUGAGGCGGGAGGACGAAGCUAACGUGGGAGCUCGCGAUGGUGCUGAACUUGAUGACGACGACGACGACGACGACGACGACAUGGACCAGGAUGAUGACGCAGCAGCAGCAAUUGGCCUCGAGCAAGAUGCCAUUGAUGAUGCCGAAGAUCUUGAGGGCGUUUUGGAGCUUCUUGGCAUGCGCGGACCUUUGGCUGGCCUGUUCCAAAACGCCAUCUUCUGCGUCUUGCUCGUGUCAGCCACCAUUUUCCUCGGCCUGUUCGUUCCAUACAACAUCGGCCGCUACGCGCUGUGGUUCAUUGCGAAGCCUAUGCGUCCGGUCUGGAUCCUCUACAGCUUGUGCAGGUUUAUCCAGGACAUGGUGGUUAUCGCCUUUGGACUUCUUUCCCAUACGCUCUCUCUGGUGCAUCCCAGUCUAGGACUGGGUGGUGUGGCUCGCCUGGCUACGAAGCUCCUCUUUGGUAGCCGCCACGCAGCAGCGAUUCUUGAUCCGCACGUUGAAAUGACCAACGCCGCCAAGCGAGUUGGGCAUACUGUCAUCAACGAGCUUGGUCGGAUGUCCAUGUCGGAGAUUCACACCUUUUCUGCUGUCAGCCACGAAGCCUUAUUGUCGGUCAAGGGUCAGAUCUUUUCCGGCUUCGCUGCCCUGGGCUCUGCGCUCGUCUUCAUCUUUGGUGGUGGCUACUCCACCAAACUUCCCAUGGUGUUCUCCGCAGCCGGCAAAGCUACGGCAUUCGUGUUGGGCGCUCUCAAGACUCUGCCUGCCACCUUGUUGAAGCCUAACCUCGUCAUCAACGUCAAUUUCCCCGAUGCGAGCCAUACCAUCGACCCGGCAUUGGCAUUCUGGAACGGUACCGACCGGUUCUGGGCGAUUCUUGCCGGCUAUCUCACGAUUUACAUCGCGGCGUUGUUGUACCUGCGCCGUGGUGGACCCAUAUCCUCAAGCCAAACCGGACAAGAAUGGGAGGCGGCUCUCAUUGAUGCGCUGAACCAGGCAAGCGGUGUAAUGAAGGUCAUCCUCAUCAUUGGUAUCGAGAUGCUCGUCUUCCCGCUGUACUGCGGCAUGCUUUUGGACAUCGCCCUCUUGCCAUUGUUCGAGAAUGCCACUCUCAUGUCCCGCCUACAAUUUACCCUCAACUUCCCCAUCACUUCGAUCUUCGUUCAUUGGUUCGUGGGUACGGCGUACAUGUUCCACUUUGCGCUGUUCGUCUCCAUGUGCCGCAAGAUCAUGCGCCGGGGAGUUCUCUACUUCAUCCGCGACCCCGAUGAUCCCGAGUUCCACCCGGUACGCGAUGUGCUGGAGCGCAAUGUCACGACCCAGCUGCGCAAGAUUGCCUUCUCUGCUCUUGUCUACGGCGCGCUUGUCAUAAUCUGCCUCGGCGCCGUGGUCUGGGGGCUGGCGCUCUCUUUGCCUAGCGUCCUUCCGAUUCACUACUCGUCCAACGAGCCAGUGCUCGAGUUCCCGCUUGACCUUCUCUUUUACAACUUCUUGAUGCCCUUGGCGGUCAAGUUCUUCAAGCCUGGUGAUGGACUCCAUGCCAUGUAUACCUGGUGGUUCCGCACAUGUGGUCGUUGUUUGCGCAUUACUUGGUUCCUUUUUGGGGGGCGCAAGGCUGAUGAAGAAGGUGGUCUGCGCAUGAUCGAAACAGGCCCCGGAGCCCAGCCAUCGUGGUGGCAGGCCAUGUUCCUUCAGCUGGAUGAGUCCGAUGGGCUGGUGAGGCCGUGGAAGCCCAUGUUCGUGGCCGGAAGCACCACCCCCAAGGCCGAGACCUCGGAGUCCGAGCCCGAAUCACCAAACAUCAGAGGGUAUGUGCCGUCUGAAGCUGAGGCCAGGGAUUCUGAACCUAGGGAAUCGCCUCCCGAGGCAGGUUUGAAGGAGUACUUGGUGAGCACCCAGCAACUCGUCCCCGAUGGACGCUUCGUUCGCGCUCCGGCCUCGGACCAGGUCAAGAUUCCCAAGGGCAAGACGGUGUUCCUCGAAGUGUCAGAGAUGAACGAGAGACUGGACGGCAAGCCAGAUUUACCAGAAACCGAUCUUUACUCCACACCCCAGUACCGUAUGGUCUAUGUCCCGCCGCACUUCCGGGUCCGCAUCUUCUUGUUCAUUCUUCUCAUCUGGCUGUUUGCCGCCGCUACGGGUGUCGGCAUCACGAUUAUCCCCUUGGUCUUUGGCCGCUGCAUGUUCCAGCUCUUGAUUCCCGAAGGUGUAAGGACAAACGACAUUUACGCCUUUGGCAUCGGCAUCCACGUUUUGGGGGCGAUGGUUUACGCGGUCGUCAACAUACGGUCCCUUUCCCAGAAGGCCAAGAUUCGCGUCGCCGGAGUCAUCGCGUCAGUCUUUAACAACGGCGCAGUGCGUCGCGGCCUGGCCGUCAUCACCCGCAUCGCCAAGAUUGUCUACUCUUACUUCUUCCUCCUGGUCGUCUUCCCUCUCAUGAUCGCUUCUGUCGCCGAGCUCUACGCCAUGAUGCCCCUGCACGAAUUCAUGUACAGCGUCCCGAUCGCCCAAGAUAUCAAGCAGGUCACUAUCGAACAAGCCGCUGCUCUCAACCCGCGCCACACCAUCCGCGUGAUGCAGUCCUGGACCAUCGGUCUUUUGUACCUGAAGCUUUCAGUCAGAGGGAUCAGUACCUGGUUUAGCGGCAGUCGCUUGGCGCUCGCCACCAAGGCCGUGUUGCGCCGCGGAUGGUUUAACCCCAACGCUGGUGUGCUCACUCGAGCAUUCGUCAUCCCCGCAAUCCUCCUCUGGACCGUUGCCAUGGCCAUCCCUGCCAUCUUGGCCAAGGUUAUGAUCUCCUGGCGUCUGGCGGAAACCUUGACGCUCAGGCAUCCUCAAGCUGUGGUGGACGGAGAAGUCAUUGACCAGACCCUCUACGACGCCUACGUCGUGCUCAUCUACCGCCGCAGCUUCCCGCUUACCGCGCUGUUGGUGCUGGCUUUGGCGGUGGUGUGGGGCUUGCUGGGUGUUUUCCAGAGCUGGAAGAUGAGGAUUAGGGAUGAGGCGUAUUUGAUUGGCGAGAGACUGCAGAAUUACGGAGGUGGCAUGCCGCAGAGGGGUGCACUUGGAAGGGGGGCGAGAGGCGGGUGGAGGGCUGGGAUUGCUGUUAAUGGACGGUGA